CCAAGUAUUUCAUUAACCCUAACAGCGUUCAUUGCUUCUUGUUCCUCAAAGCAUCAUCCAUCUCCACUUCAUUCCAUUACUCUAAGCAAUGAACAGUUCAUGCACUACCAACUCCAACCCCCAAUAUGAAGAAGAACAAGAUUGUAAUUGAAGUUGUUUUUCACCAAACAUGUUGCUUUUUAAGCGCAACCUCUUCCACAUCAGUGGCAGGGCCUCACCCCGAGUAAGCUCCUUCUGUUCCUCAUUUCCUCAAAACCCAUUUUCUCUUUUCCUCACUGUUUCAUCCUCGUCCUCUCAAAUUUCGAUUUUUGCUUGCCCCAUGAUUUGGUUCACUAGCUUUCUCUGUGUUAUAAGAUACCCUUUUGUCUCAAAACCUUCUUUUGAUGACAUUGCUUCCGAAACAGUGCGUAGUUUAUUGCAACAGGAUUGUCCCCAUAUGUUUGAUUCCGCAUUGGCACCCAUUUUGGUGUCUAAGGCUUUGGUGAAACUGAAAGAGGACCCAAAAUCGGCCUUGAAGUUGUUCAAGUGGGCAGGGGAUAGAGUUGGGUUUUGCAACUCUAUGGAGUCUUAUUGUAUCAUGGCUCACAUUUUGUUUUGUGGGAAAUUUUAUCUUGAUGCUAGAAAUGUGAUUAAGGAGUGGUUUUUGUUGAGGAGGGAACUUCCGGGUUGUGAUUGCUUUGAUAUGUUGUGGUUGACCAGGAAUGUUUGUAGGCCUGGGUUUGGUGUGUUUGAUACUUUGUUUAGUGUCUUAGUGGAGUUGGGGAUGCUUGAGCAAGCUAGUCAAUGCUUUAGGAAGAUGAACAAGUUCAGGGUUCUGCCAAAAAUGAGGUCCUGUAAUGACCUUCUUCACAGGCUUUCAAAAUCAGGCAAAGGGAAAUUGUCAAUAAGUUUUUUCAAGGACAUUGUUGGCGCUGGCCUUUCGCCCUCGGUUUUCACAUAUAAUAUAAUGAUAGGCUAUUUUACCAAAGAAGGGGACCUAGAAGCUGCUAGGAAUUUUUUUGAACAAAUGAAACAGAAGGGUCUUACGCCAGACUUAGUCACUUAUAAUUCUCUCAUUGAUGGGUACGGAAAGGUAGGAUUAUUAACUGAAGCAAUUACAGUAUUUGAGGAAAUGAAAGAUGCAGGAUGUGAACCGGAUGUGAUAACAUACAACUCUCUAAUUAAUUGCUUCUGUAAAUUUGAAAGAAUUCCUCAAGCUUUUAAGUAUCUACAUGAGAUGAAGGAAAGAGAGUUGAAACCAAAUGUUGUAACAUAUAGUACACUAAUUGAUGCAUUUUGCAAAGCAGGCAUGAUGCUGGAAGCAAUUAAAUUUUUUGUUGACAUGAUACGUAUUGGUCUUCGACCCAAUGAAUUUACAUAUACAUCUUUGAUUGAUGCAAAUUGUAAAAUAGGUGAUCUGAGUGAAGCAUUUAAACUGGCUAGUGAGAUGUUACAGGCUGGACUUAACUUAAACGUUGUCACUUAUACUGCGUUAUUGGAUGGUCUUUGUGAAGAUGGUAGAAUGAAAGAAGCAGAGGAAUUAUUUAGGGCAUUGUUGAAAGCUGGAGUGACUCUUAAUCAGCAAAUUUAUACUUCCCUUGUUCAUGGAUAUAUCAAGGCUAAGAUGAUAGAGAAUGCCACAGAUAUUUUAGAGGAAAUGAACAAGAGAAACUUCAAACCAGAUUUGUUGCUGUAUGGAACCAAAAUAUGGGGACUUUGUAGCCAAAAUAAGAUACAAGAAUCUGAGGCUGUAAUACGUGAGAUGAGGGAUUGUGGUUUGACUGCGAAUAGUUAUAUAUACACCACCCUUAUGGAUGCAUAUUUGAAGGUUGGGAAAACCACGGAGGCUGUUAAUCUAUUACAAGAGAUGCAGGAAUUGGGUAUCGAGGCAACAGUUGUUACUUAUAGUGUACUAAUUGAUGGUUUAUGCAAAAAAGGUUUUAUCCACGAGGCUGUUAGUUACUUUGACCACAUGACUAGCACUGGUUUGCAACCUAAUAUAAUGAUUUUUACUGCUCUUAUUGAUGGCCUUUAUAAAAAUGAUUGUGUUGAAGCAGGCAAGAAGGUGUUCAAUGAUAUGCUGGAUAAGGGAAUCAGUCCAGAUAAAUUAGUUUACACUGCUUUGAUUGAUGGAAACCUGAAGCAUGGAAAUCCUCAAGAAGCUUUGAGUUUGCGAAAUAAAAUGGUUGAAAUGGGUAUGGAGCUAGACCUGCAUGCUUAUACUUCAUUGAUUUGGGGUUUUUCUCAUUGUGGUCAAUUACAACAGGCAAAAUCAUUCCUAGAUGAGAUGCUCGGAAAGGGAAUAAUUCCUGAUGAGGUUCUAUGUAUUUGUCUAUUGAGAAAAUAUUAUGAGCUAGGUGACAGCAAUGAAGCUCAGGCACUUCAUAAUGAUAUGAUGAGGAGGGGCCUAAUUUCUGAGACUCUUGACAUAACAGUUACCUCUGUACGCACUUGAGAGGGAAAACAUGUUUUAUGUACCCGGUUUACUGUUCCUUAUUUUUGUGGCCCGCAAUCUAGAAUGUUUCAUUUUUUUUGCCAAAGUUCAAUAGCUUAAUUGAAAUGAAUUUGAUGCAUCAUUAUAUAUGGCAACUGCCUGUUCUAAUUGAUGCAUUCUCAUUCUCAAGGCACUCGUUCCCUCAUGAUGUAAAUCCUGCAGCUUUUGGGACUUGCAUUUCAGUAUUCAUGCUUUCAUGUGAUCAACAAGUUGACUGUAAAAUGAUGCUUUCCUGGUUUGAAGAAGUUUUAAUUUUCAUCAGGGAGUGAUGAUCAAUUUGGCUAAUAUUCUGAGUAGAAAGCUCAUAAUUGUAGAGUGCAUUUUCUUCUACACCUGUGUUACGAAAUUGUACAAGCUGAGUGCUUCCAAGUCUGGAACUGAGUCUUACAGAAUCAAUAGUCAGAAGACUCGGAACAAGAAAUCUUUUAUAUGGCAGGCGUAGAGGAGUUCAGCCAUAGUGGAUGCCCUUUUCACCACUUCGACAUACAAGAUGUAGGCCCUGUUGGAGAAGUAUCACUUUUGAGCUUAUUUCUGUGAAUUUCACAAUUCAAAGUUCGUCUGGAAGCUGAGGAGUUUUAUGCAACUUGUAUGGUAUUGUGCAUGGAUAACGGAGGUUACAUUAAGGAGCCAAAAGGUCUCUGGUUAGAAAUUGUGGUGCACCUUAAUGGUUGGACACAUACGGGCUUCUCAAGUUCUCUUCUCAGUGCAUGUUUGGUAGUUUUUAUUUCUAGUUUCUCUUUUCCUUAUAAGCAGAACUUUAGCCAAAUAUAAUUUCUAAAAAGCUCAUAUCAUGGAAGGAGUUUUUUUUGUAAUGAAGAAAAGUGUUAAAAGCUAAAAGUUACUAGAGGGAGUUUUUUUUAUGAUGGAUAUCAGCUUCUUGGAGUUCUCAUAUUUAUUUUUCAAUUAUAUCUUUAUUCUAAACUUUUAUUAAUGAAUUUUAUCAUUUAUCCCAAUAAUAAAUUAUUUUAUCUCCCUGAAUAAUUUUAUAUAAAACAGCUUUUAACUUUAUUUUUUAUGAUUAGUUUUAACUUUUAAAAUAAUUUUUAACUCAAACUUUUUUGUUUGUCAAACAGGCUCUCGGUCUUGUAUCUAUCAAAGACACUCACAAAGUCUAAAAUUCAGGGUUUUUAUUUUUAUUUUUAUUUUUUGUAUUUAAAAGUUCAAAGAUCUCAUUUUAAGGUUAGGGUAUGUCACAAACUUCAAGGAUGAUUUACAAAUAACUUACUAAUAAAAAAUUAACAUCAUUUGCAGGUGUUUUGACAACCGUCUUUAUAUCACUGUGAAAGAACAAGUAAAUGGGACAACGUGCCAAAACAAUGCCCCUAUGACUCUAGCUACAUAUUUUUUAAGUUUGGCAUUAAGUAUUUUCACACCUAUAAAUACAAUGAUUUGUAUGUCAGUUUCAUAUGUGACAAUUUGACAAUACAAUCUUGAAUCU